GCAUUUUUACAAGUUCAUAAUUCAUAUAUGAAGUCCCACAAAAGCGAGAGCCUUAAAGAUAUUCUCUGCUUUCUCUCUUCUCUGCAAUUUCCUGUAGAGAAUAUGUUGCCUUUGCUAGCUUUCUUCAUAUCCCACUGUAUUGCACUUGCUACUUCUCUAAAUAAUGAAGGUUUUGCUCUUCUGUCCUUUAAACAGUCCUUAGAGAACUCCACUGCUGGUUAUCUUGAUAACUGGAACUUGUCUGACAUCAACCCGUGUUCGUGGUAUGGAGUUCGAUGCAAAGAGGGACGAGUCAUUUUUCUCAAUCUUCCAGAUAAGAGACUUUCUGGAUUUCUAUAUCUUGAUACUGGGAAGCUGGCUUCUCUUCGCCAUCUUAAUCUCAAGAACAAUUGCUUCUAUGGAAGCUUGCCUGUUAAGCUGUUUAGUGGAACAGGGUUAACAACAUUGAAACUCUCAGGAAAUUCAUUUUCUGGGCCAGUUCCUGAUGAGAUGGGGAACCUCAAGGACCUGCGGAUCCUUGAUCUUUCACAGAAUUCUUUCAAUCGUUCAAUACCUUCAUCUCUUCUUCAUUGCAGGAAACUGAGGCAGCUUUUACUUAGUCAAAACAGCUUCACCGGCUUUCUACCAGAUGGGUUCGGAACCAAUUUGGUAAUGCUCCAGAAACUGAAUCUUUCAUUUAAUAACUUUAGUGGUUUUAUCCCCAGUGACCUAGGCAAUUUGUCGAAUUUGCAAGGAGCUCUUGACCUAUCUCACAAUCUUUUUAAUGGUUCUGUUCCUGCAAGUCUAGCAAAUCUUCCUGGAUCAGUCUAUAUUAAUCUCUCUUAUAACAAUCUAAGUGGUGCCAUACCACAAAAUGAUGUUCUUCUGAAUGUAGGACCAACAGCUUUUAUUGGCAACCCUCUCCUCUGUGGGCUCCCAUUGAAAACUUUUUGCCCUUCAAGUCCAAAACCCUUACCAUAUAAACCAACUCAACAAUCUCCAGGAGGCAGCUCUGGGCGGAGCCGGCGUCUUGUGAUUGCCAUUGUUGCCAGUACAGUGUUGGGAAUUUGCCUUAUCAGUGUGCUGUUCUCUUACUGGUACAGGAAAGUCUAUGUUUGUAAAGGGGGCAAACGUGUUGAGGGCAGUACUUUUGAAGAGAAAUCAAUAGUUAGAAAGGAAAUGUUCUGCUUCAGAACAGAUGACUUGGAGUCUCUAUCUGAAAAUAUGGAGCAGUACAUUUUCAUGCCGUUAGACUCCCAAGUUAAAUUUGAUCUCGAACAACUUCUGAAAGCUUCUGCUUUUCUUCUGGGAAAGAGCAGAAUAGGCAUUGUCUAUAAAGUUGUUCUAGAAAGGGGGCCAACUGUAGCAGUGAGAAGACUAGAAGAUGGAGGUUCUCAAAGGUACAGGGAAUUUCAAACUGAAGUGGAAGCAAUUGGAAAGAUUAGGCACCCAAACAUAGUCACUCUUCUGGCUUAUUGCUGGUGUAUCAAUGAGAAGCUACUAAUCUUUGAUUACAUACCCAAUGGUGAUCUUGCCACUGCAAUUCAUGGAAAAACAGGAAUGACAUACUUGAAACCUCUUUCAUGGUCUACUCGCCUUAGAAUCGUGAAAGGAGUAGCGAAGGGAUUGUCUUUUCUACAUGAAUUCAGCCCCAAAAAAUAUGUCCAUGGAAAUCUAAAGCCUGGCAAUAUUCUGCUUGGAGAGAACAUGGAACCACGCAUCUCUGAUUUUGGACUUAAUCGUCUAACUUACACAGCUGAAGAAUCACUAGCAGUACAUUUAGACCAACUGACAAGCGGCACACCACAUCAGGGGUCCCCAUAUGCACUCACGCCAACAAAUUCAAGCCCAAUUAUGUCUUACUAUGAAGCUCCAGAGGGCUCAAAAGCCUCCAAGCCAUCACAGAAGUGGGAUGUUUAUUCGUUCGGAGUGAUUUUACUGGAGAUGAUUUCUGGGAAGUCGCCAAUUAUGCAGACGGGUUCAUCAGAAAUGGGUCUUGUACAAUGGAUUCAGCUUAGCACUGAAGUUAAGCCACUCUCCGAUGUGUUAGAUCCUUUUUUAGUUCAUGAUAUGGGGAAGAAAGAUGAGAUGGUAGCAGUACUUAACAUCGCUCUUGCUUGUGUACACGUGAGCCCUGAUAAGAGACCUUCUAUGAGGAUUGUUAGUGAUACUCUGGAAAGAUUGGCCUCAUUCACUUGAGGAAAUCCUCGUGUACACAUUCUUUGAAGAAACAGAUUCGUGUUCCUAGUUUUCUUCUGCAAUAAAGUGAAAUGGGUGCAUUUUUCUCAUCUGUCCACUGCCUAUUUGCUGUUUAUGUUUGUCCUGUACUGUAGGAUGGUUUUUGGGUCAAGGCAGUUUGCCAGCACCUGCCAUGUAUAUUCGUAUCCUAGCUACAGUUUCUAUUAUUCUAAAUAAAUAAUCAUAACAGUCGAUUUGUUGGAUA